AAGCGUCGUCGCGCAAUGAGUACAAACGCAAGCGGCGAGUAAAAAUACCGUUUGUUCGGCAUUAAAAUACACAACAUACAGUCUUAUCCUAACAGCAGCACCACAUUUGAUUUGUAUCAGUGACUAGGUCUUAUUGGAGGGGUUUAUUAUCUUCUUUUUGCCAACGAACGGGGGAGGAGGGCUUCGACCAUUUGUUUUUAAAGAUGAGUGGGGAAUCAGAUGCCAACAAGGAGUUUCUGGAGCAGCUGCGAAUGCAGGAACUCUAUGGACAGAGAAGUGAAGAUGGCUCAGAUCCAUACACCUACACUGAUCCGGUGGAUGGGACUGUGUAUGACUGGGACCAUGAGAAAAAAGCCUGGUUUCCUAAAAUAACAGAGGACUUCAUCGCAGCCUACCAGGCGAACUAUGGCUUCACUCAGGAAGGAGAUCCGGGUGGAAACGAUGCAGCACAGAGCAGUUCGGAACCUGCAGCUCCUGAACCGAACAGCAAGCCACCAGAAACGGAGAAAUCAGCCAAUCCUGUUCCAGAUCCUGCUCCAGAGAACCAAGAGAGCCCCGUUAAAGAAGCCAAGCAGAAAGGGGAUAAAAGGAAAGCCGAGCCAGGAUGGUUUGAUAUUGAAGAGGACAAAAACACAAACGUCUAUGUAUCAGGUCUGCCUCCUGAUAUCAGCCCUGAUGAGUUUGUUGAGCUGAUGUCCAAGUGCGGCAUCGUGAUGCGGGACCCCAUCACUGAAGACUACAAGGUGAAACUCUACAAGGACAAAGAUGGUAACCUGAAAGGAGAUGGCCUCUGCUGCUAUCUGAAGAAAGAGUCCGUGGCGCUGGCUGCACGUCUGAUUGACGAGUCUGAGGUCCGAGGGUAUAAACUGCACGUGGAAGCAGCUCGCUUUGAGCUUAAGGGCCAGUAUGAUGCCACCAAGAAGAAGAAGAAAAGCAAGGAUUACAAGAAGAAGCUACACCAGCAACAGAAACAGCUGGACUGGAGGCCCGAGAAACAAGGAGAACUUAGGAAGAGGCAUGAAAAAGUUGUCAUCAUCAGGAACAUGUUCCAUCCCAGCGACUUUGAGGAAGACCCGCUGGUGCUGAAUGAGUAUCGUGAGGAUCUACGGACAGAGUGUGAGAAGUUUGGUGAAGUCAAGAAAGUCAUCCUGUUUGAUAGACACCCAGACGGUGUUGCAUCAGUUGCAUUCAAGGAGCCAGAGCAAGCCGACGCCUGUAUUCUUUCAUUCAACGGCCGCUGGUUCGGAGGAAGGCAGCUGUCUGCGCAGCUCUGGGACGGAACGACAGACCAUCAGGUUGAAGAGACGUCACGUGAGCGGGAGGAGCGGCUAAAAGGCUGGUCUGCGUUCUUAGACGGCACAGAUAAAGAACAACAGAAAAACUGUGGCAGCGAACCAGCAGAGAGCAGUACAGAACCCAGCGAGUCCACCAGCACCACAGAACCUCAGAAAACAGAGCCGCAAUUAUCAGAGCAACCGGAAGAGCAGGUGGACUCUACUGAUAGCAGCCUGGCAGGAAGUGAUAACGACGAAGCCUAGGCACUGACGUCUUCAUUUCCCAAGGAAUCACCGAGGUAGUUCGGAUUUAAAGGGAAAAGCGGCAACGUUUGCUUCUGAGGAAACGGGGGAGGACAGAUGUGGACCGUUUUAGCUGUUUUUGUAAUGUAGAGAAAUAAAAUAUUUUUCCUGCCCUA